AUGAGUUCCAUCGUCACCAACAAACCACCUAGGUCAACAGGUCGACUAGCGAGACCAUUAGGUCACUUCUCAGCCCCUAAUCCAUUUGACUCCCCCCCUUAUUCAAUUGCGUCGACUUCCAUGACUACUCUGGACGCAGUAGACGAAACUCAUGCAUUGCAUUCCUCUCCUUCUUUUGCCUGCCCUUUUUAUAAAUUCAACCCUCAGGUUUACGACGAAUGCAAAAAGCACCGGUUUCCCAGGAUAUCAGACAUCAAACAACACCUUAUUCGACGGCACUCGCUUCCACCCUAUUUCUGCCCAGCGUGCUGGAUCUCGUUCAUGGAUGAGCAAUCCAGAAUGCACCACCCUUGCCGAGGCGAGGGUCAGCACGAGUUAAGGCCAGAAGGGCUCUCUCCUGAGGAACUACAAGUUGUCCGCCUGAUUCGAGGGGGCAGUAGCGAAGCUCAGUGGUUUGCUAUUUGGCGCCGCUUGUUCCCUGGUUACUCCGUUCCUCAAUCUCCCUACAUUCAACAUAACAAUAUCGAGGAGGUUGUUUCCCUACUAUCACCUUACGUGGAGGCAGUAUGGCAUGCCUCCUUGCCCUCUCUUCCAAGCAGCGAGCUAGAAACAAGCGGUUCUUUUGUAACGAGGACUCUCACCGACGCUUGCCAAAUUUACUUCCAAAGCCUUCCAGCCUCGCGGCACGAUUCACCUCCUCUACCUCCAGGCUGUUUCAUCCCCCCCUGCGAUGGGAGAGAUCAUUUUAAUGGGAUGCCACUAAAUGGAGGGAAUGAUAUUCCCAUUUCGCACGCGUAUCCGACUCAAAUAACCCCCAUCCCCAAGGAGAACCCGAGGCCGCCACCCGCAAAUGCGAUCAUUAACCCUGCUUAUUGGCUAUUCAGCACCUCAGAUCCAACGGAAGCUUUAUCGCAGGAGAAGUGA